GAAUCUUUUGAAGUAAACGCAAGUUUCUUUGAAAACCAUAAAAAUAAUGAAGGUAUUUUUACUAAGGCCAUAUCAAAUGAAGAUAAAUCUGAAAUGUUUCUUGAUAAACAUAAUGCAACGUUGCAUAUUAUUGAAGCUGUAAAUGAAAUUCCAACUUCGUCUGGAAGUCAAUACUCUCUAAUUAAAGCUUGUUUACAAGGUGAAAGUGCGCCUAAUGAUAGGGACACUUGCCAGGAGGCACUUGAGAGUAGGACAGUUGCUAACAUAUCAGAAAAUAAUAAUGAUGAACUACUGAGUAUACUGCAAAAUGGAGAGGCCGAUUUAAAAAACCCUGAUAAUAAUAUUUCUUUCACGGAUGAUCGACAGGUUUCGUUUCGUCUAUCAAUUACGAACAAUCUACUUAAAAAUGAAGGUAAAUGUCAACAGCGGUCUAAAUCAACACGGAAAACCUCCGACGAAAAUAAAGCGAGCAAUCCUAUAGAAACUUCACUAAAAAGUAAACACAACCAGGACAAAAAUAAUGCCCUUCAAGAAAACAAACAUCUACAAGAAACAUCUACAAAAAGUCCCAUUGUAUAUUUCAAGCAUUAUAAGAAGCAAGUUUGUGAAAAAAACGAACUUGUUGAAAACCGAAAUGAACAAAAAGAUAGCGAGAAUGCACCUCAUGAAUGUAAAGAUAACGGGUCUCGAGAGAUAAAUAAACUGGAACUUCACCACAUGAAUAAAGCUGCUAUUCAUGAGGACAAAAUUAGAGAAAUAGCUAAAUACUUAAGCGAAUUUGCUGACUUAAAAAAGAGACAUCACGUGAUGGAAAGAAAUAAAGUGGUUAGGGGCAACGCAGUGAGUAAUAAGAAAAACACAACCUAUUCGAAAUCGUCCAUUCAAGGUGUUGAAAAACCGGGUGGUUCAGGAAUAAUCGAAAAUAUUCAAAAUUACCUGCCUACUAAAACGUAUGAACGUAGGGGUAGACAGGUCUGGAAAAAUAUUCCUUUGUCCACUUUUAAAGGAUCUAACACAUCUACCCAGUCUAUAGACCUGCCUGAUAGUACCACUAAUAUUUGUAAUGAAAUAGAAGUAUGUCUUUGCCAUGAUUUUGGCCGAUUAAUGUCGUAUGAUGAUGUUAACAGCUAUGAACAUAUUCAUUUCUGGAAUAAUGCAAGGAUGGAUUGUACGCCUGAUCUCAUAUUUAGUAUUUAUAGUGAAGAUGCUACUCCUGUAACCAUUGAUGAUGAUAUAAAAGACUAUCCUAUUGAUGUUUGCAAUGAAAUCUCCUAUAAAUUGUGUUGGAACGAAAUUAAAUCUAUCAAUAAAAAGGAAACAAAAAACAAUGUUACAUCAAGUGUAUAUAUUGAGAUGGUAAGGAAAAACGAAAAUGAAAGGCAGGAAGCUGAAGAGGAACAUAUAUUUGAAAAUACAAUGCUAACUGUAAAUAUAUUACAAAACUGCGAAGGGGUACCAAAUGAUACAGAUGAACUUUCUGUAAAAACUGGACAGAAGCGUAAACGUUCUGCUGUCGAUCCCGAUAAUUGCGAACUACCAGCGAAAAAUACAAAACAUGGAACAUCUAAACAGUUACCGGAAACUAAAGAAACACCUGCUUAUAUUAAGGAGCAACAUACUUCAACGAAGUCUGUGCAGAACAUGUCUGUUAAAAACAGCCCUCUAAAAGACCCAUCUUGUGGGAGUACGAUACUUUUUGCAACUGGAGAACAUCAUACAGAGGUAUGCAUCUCAGCAAAUGACACUACGGCUGAGCAUUUUGAUCCGCCAUUAACUUCGAUAAAUGAGGUCAAAAUUCACCAUCAACGAAAGACUCAACUGUCAAGAGAGAAUGAAAAUAAGCCUAUCAUUUGUGGCGUCUGCCAACUAAGUGUUGAAGGCGAUUGGAUACAGCACAUCUCUUCAAAACAUGAUUAUCUGGCUUGGAAAUCAGGAGACCCGUCGUUGGAUAUCCACGAUGAGGUUGCGGUUCGUGAACACUUGAACGAGAUCACGAAGACGGGUUGUGGACUCACGUGCGGUAAAUGCGGACUCACUAGAAAAUAUGUAAAAGCUUACUUGAGCCACGUGAGAAGAUGCUCAGGAUCGAAAGCCGAGUGUUCAUCUGAACUGAGGUCUAGCGAAGAACAAGUAGAAUCUAAUGUCAAAAUUAAAGAGCCGCCUGCCGACGAACGAGACGGCCUAGUUAUAUGUGGCGUGUGUGAGGAAUCUAUGCAGGACUCAGAAUGGAACGAACAUAGAGCCACUCGACAUGACUAUCUUGCUUGGAAAUGUGGAGAGUUACCUUUGGAGUCCCAAAACGAUGCCACAUACAACGUGUCAUCGGAGAUAAUGCUUAAAGUGGAAUAUAGUCCUAUUAAUGAAGAAGCUGAUGAAAAUGGUGCGGAUACGAAUGCUGGUCCAAUAAAAUGUGGGGUGUGCGAAGAAUUAGUACAGACGGAAGACUGGUAUCAUCACAUAGGUUCACGACAUAACUAUUUAGCAUGGAACCAUGAAAAUACGCCUUUGGAUGUAAAUGAUGAGGAGGCAGUUCGAAAUCACUUGUACGAGAUCACGAAGGCAUGUGGCGGCCUCACCUGCUCCAAAUGUGGACUAACCAGAAAAUAUGUUAAAGCCUACUUGAGUCAUAUUAAGAGCUGCAAUGGACUUAACGAGUCACAAAAUGACAGUACAUAUAACGUUUCAUUCCAUGAAGUGAAGUUAGCUGAAAAGCCAAGUGAUACAAAAAUCUCAUCUAAAAUAGCAAAUGCGAAUGACUUGGUGAAAUGCGCGGUGUGUGAAGAAUCUAUGCAAGAAAAAGACUGGUUUAGCCACAUAGCCUCACAACACGAUUACUUAGCAUGGAAAGUUGGAGAUACAGCUUUGGAUGUGCAAGAUGAAACCGCCGUAAAAGAUCACUUGUAUGCAAUCACGAACACAUGUGGCGGGCUCACGUGCUCAAAAUGCGGACUCACCAGAAAAUACGUCAAAGCUUAUUUGACUCAUUUCAAAAACUGCAGUGAAAUUGAUGAAUCACAGAAUACGACUAUUUCCAACACUUCAACCGAGAAGUCUGGUGUGGACUUGGUCGACUUCGCUAACAGUUCUACAAGCAAUCACAAACUACAAGAGUCUGUAGUAAAAUGCGGUGUUUGCUCACAGGAUGUUCAAGAAACAGAGUGGAAUAAUCAUAUAGGCUUUCUUCAUAAUUAUCUGGCUUGGAAAUGUGGAGAGGAGACUUUGGAUGUGGCCGAUGAGGAGAGCGUUCGUAAACACUUGAUACGCAUCAAAAAGAAGAUCGGCAGCCUUACGUGUGCGAAAUGCUGCAAAAAUAUAAAAACUGUAAACAAAUACACGAGACACGUUAAGUCAUGCGAAGGAAUAAGUAGUAGUGAUUUGAAAGACAGCUCUCUGGAUCUAGUGGUAGAGAGACAAGUGCAGGCGCUAACAACACCAGCAGACUCCGCGCUGGUGAAGUGUGGGGUGUGCGGGCAGUACUCGGCGAACGAGGACUGGACGCAACAUAUAGCCGCCAGUCACGGAUAUCUGGCUUGGAAAGACGGCGAACCUCCUUUAAAUAUAAAUGAUGAAGAGGAAGUACGAGUGCAUAUGCGUAAUAUUAUUAUUGAAGUCGGAACUUUGACCUGUCAGAAAUGUGAUCUGCCGUGCAAAUCUGUUAAGUCAUACUUACGUCAUCUGAAGAUUUGCGAGGGCGUAGAGGAGGACAAGAACGAAAAUAAGACUGAAGUGUCAACAAUUGAAAAAGCGGAUACUUUGAAAUGUGGAGUUUGUGACGAAGUUGUUAUAAGUUUACUCUGGUCACAGCAUUUGUCUGAAAAGCAUGAUUACCUCGCUUGGAAGGCAGGGGAUGCUCCUGUGAAUUUUGAGGACGAUAAAGAGGUUCAUCAACAUUUGACAAAUUUCACUAAAGAAUUUGGGAGUUUGAGCUGCAAAUACUGCGGAAUAAAUCUGAAAUACGUGAAAUCCUUUUUGCAACACAUAAAGGCCUGCAAAAUUGGUGGUAUAAGGGAAAGAGUCCCAGCAUCCGUUGUUGAUUUCGAUGACGUAGACUUCGCAAGCGGCGGAACCUGCGGCGUUUGUGAAAAGGAAGUGGAGGCCGGCAAAUGGAUACACCAUACGCAGAAAGAACACAACUACUUAGCAUGGAGAAAAGGAGAAAGGCCUUGGAACUUGGAUAGUUUUGAAGACGUGAACCAGUAUUUGUACGUAAUCUGCAAAAGAAUGGAUGGCUUAACCUGUAACAAGUGUGGCUUAGUGAGAAAAUAUGUGAAGACUUAUUUGACACACAUCAAAGAUUGUAAUGUUAUUGACACGUCAGUUGCUGAAGGAAUCGGGCCUUCGAAUAAAGAUGAACAUCAGUGCGCUAUGUGUAACCAAGUGAUAAAGUCGCAAGAUUGGAAAACUCACGCUAUAGAAAAUCAUUACAAUGUAACCUGGAUAGUUGGCGAAACUCCUAUUGACAUCAAAAACGUUUACGCUGUAGAGAGAUUUUUAAAAGAAUAUAAACAAAUAAAGGGUAAUUUAAAAUGUAAUGAAUGCGGAACCACCCGAGCGUCUUUUGCUGGCUUUUAUGCGCACAUCAUAAUGUGUAAAAAAACGGAGGAGGAAAUAGACAUGUAUCGAAGCCUGUGUGAUAUAUGCAAUAAUAAAUACCUCUGUAUAUAUAAGAACCAGCAUGCGAUGAUGCACAGGGUACAAACGCUCACAGCGCAGGCCAAAAUAAAAGCAAUUGAGGAAAAGCAAGAAAUUCAUAUAUCGGGCAAGAGGCGUGCUGCUGUGAAGGCGCGAUCUGUAAUCGAAAACUAUAGUGACAACAUGAGUAAGCAUACACAUUCGUGCCGGUCGUGUGGAUUUGGUACGGAUUUCAAAGAGGAACUAACGAAGCACAAAUGCGAAGUGUCAAAUGAAAAAGACUUCAGUGGAGACGAGGAUUCAGCCGCCGAGAUAGGAAGCUCGGAGGACGAAUCGGAAGAUACCGACGUCGAUUCCAAUAUUUCGAAUGAGGUGAAUGACGGUCAAGGCGAAGGUGAUGAUAAUGACGAGCUUCAAGCAAAAAAGAAACGGUAUAGAGAUCCUGCGCCACUGUUGUCGAAAGUGACACGUAUUCCCUUCAAAGUUGAAGAUGUCAAUUCAUAUAUCCGAAAUGGUGAUGAAGAUUUUUGUAAUACUCAUUUGACCGAUGAAGUAUUGUUUCCUCGAUGGAAAUGUCAUCACGAGCCCGUACUCGAAUCUGAACUGACAAGAUACAUGCCACCAUUGGAGCACUCUUGUAAAUUCAAAACUGUUUCUGCUUGGACAACUUUGGAGAGAUUCCAAGCUCUAGAGGACAACAGUGGUACCAGUAUAUUCGUGGGUGCAAGCAUAGUGUGUAUCGCCUGGGUGCCGCCCCGAGUGGAGGAUAUGUUUGACGGGGCCUCCAACUUCUUGGCGAUAGCCUGCCACAACGGUCCGGACUGCCCGCGUUACCAAGGCGGAGAAACGCCCAAACACGAAAAUCUAAUACAAAUAUGGAGUUUCAACAAGUUUCGAGGAUUACCGGAGAUAGUGUUGGGUAUAGCACACGACUUCGGGACGGUUUGGUCGAUGGACUGGUGUCCGUCGGGUGCGAGGGAUGCCAUGACGGCCGAGAACGCAGCGAGUCGUCUGGGGCUGCUCGCAGUGGCGUGCUCCAGCGGAUCCGUGUACAUUUUUGCUGUUCCCUAUCCGUCCAUUGUAGUUAAGAAUAAUCAAAUUCUCCAGAAACUGAAACCAGUCGCCGAGUUAAGAAUGACUAUGGGCAGUAACAGGAAACUAUAUCAGGCAACUUCUGUAUCGUGGUCUAAACAAAAAGAACAUAAUCUAGUAUUAGUCGGUUACGCGGAUGGUUCAACGGCCUAUUAUGAUUUACAUACCGACUCGCCAUUGUUGUCGGCGGUAGAAAAUAACGUUCAAGUUUUUCACCCGUAUUACGACGAACGACCACACAACACCUGCAUUACAGGUACGGAUCUGUACCCGGUGUCCGGGGACGCGGCCGGAUCUGGCAGCGGCGUGUGGACGGCGCCCACCGGCGCGGAGCUGGCGGCGCGCGCCGGCACGGGCGCGCCGGGGCGCGCGCGGCUGGCCACCGCCUCGCUCGGCGUGGCAUUCGCGCCCCAGGCCUGCACCGCCGUGCUGGCUGGAGACGACGCCCUCAAGCAAGCGUCUGUAAGCGAGCUGGUGUGGGUGCCGCCGGGGCGGCGGCUAGGCGGCACGCGCUGCGCGACUGGCUGCGCGCGCUGCGGCCGCGUGGCCGCGUCCAUGCCGCCCACCCUGCGCAUCAUACGCAUGCACCCCUCCUUCUGUGACGCCAAGAAGCAGGUUAUUGGAAUGUUAGAAAUGACACACCUCGCGAAGAAGAGAAAGAAAGUCAACGAUGAGCUAUCCAUGACCAUAGAACCCUUGACUUAUGAUGACGCUGUCAGCAAAUAUGGAAUUGUGUUCACGAGAAUCGCCAAAACUGAUAGGGCAAUGCAACAGCAAUGUUCGGCGAAGCCAAAGACGCGUUGCCCGGAGCGAUUCCCUCUAGCAGAUGUUGAGUCCAUGGCCUUCUGCCCGUCCAAAAAGUUUCAUGACAAACUAGCUGUGGCUACACACUCCGGUAUACUGUUCCUAAUUACCACACACUAAUAUGAUAUUUUAAUUGUUGUUGCCUCCAAGUUUUAGUUUUUUUUAAGGAAGCUUACGGCUCGUGCCAAUAAUUAAAAGCGACAUGCCUGUUAUAUCAAAUUGAGAUCAAUUUGUAAAGUUCGGAGAGAUCUCUUGCUACCGAAUGUUAAAGGUUAUACGUACUGUUCAUCUUGUUGCGCUUUCUCGUUUGAAGUAUAAACCCACGAUUAAGUGUAACUAUGUCUAAUAUAUGUGUAGGUAUAUAAUGAGAAACGUUUUAAAAUGUCAAUCUCUAUCCGGUAUUGAUAUAAGGGUUAAUUCACCUGGUCCGUGGCAAUAUUUAGAUAUAAAUACAGAUCAUAAUUUUUUUAAUACUACGUCGGUGACAAACAAGCAUAUGGCCCGCCUAAUGGUAAGCAGUCUCCGUAGCCUAUGUACGCCUGCAACUCCAAUGUUAGUCAUCGCAUGUCUUUUAGUCCGGUAUUGUCUUUAACUAUCAAAAGCAGGAAAAAACUACAAAUUUAACUUUAUGUUAGCAUUCAAAGUGAAUAGUAUUUGCCCAAACAUUCGUGUUGCAUAAUAGAAAGCAAAACAGUUGGAGAGCUAUAUUUGUGCAAAUAUGUAAGGUGAGGUGAAUUGCCACGACUAAAUAAAAAAAAAACGAAUAAUAAAUGCAUAGAGUUAGACCAAGCUAAGUUGGCAGCUAGCUCAGACUGUGCAAGUACCUAUUAUUUUAAACGUCUAACUUAUGACUUUUUUAAAUUUUUAAAUAGCGCUUGCAUACUCUGGGGUAUCAAAACCGCUGCCAACUUAGCUUGGUCUAACUCUAGCCGUGUCUUGCCGAAAGUAUACCGGUUGAAAAGUUAAAGAGUUGUUAUGUAAUAGUACAUUACGAUACAAGUGCGAAAAAUAGGAAAAGUGCGAAUUACCUAUUCGCACAUGUAUCGUACAACGUUUUACAGUACAUAUGGCCCUUUAAAUAUUUGACACAGUAACGUAAUAUGCUAAUUUUCGCACUAGUGCGGUAAAGUAGCACCAUAUGUAGAUAAUGUAAUAGUACAUUACGAUACAAGUGCGAAAAAUAGGAAAUUCGAAACGAGUGGCGAUAAAUUAAAACACGACCGAAGGGAGUGUUUUAAAUCGAUAUGAGUUGCGAAUUACCUAUUCGCACAUGUAUCGUACAACGUUUUAGUACAUAUGGCCCUUUAAAUGUUCGACACAGUAACGUAAUAUGCUAAUUUUCGCACUAGUGCUAUAAAGUAGCACCAUAUGUACUGUAAAUAAUGUUAUGUUAUAGGUACUUGUUGUAUUUAAAGACCGGUUGUCGCAGAGCUAUGGCUCUAUCGAUAAGCCGAUUGGGAAGCUGUUAUCGUAUGUUUGAAUAUAAAUGUGACCGCGGCCGGCAAAUCGUCCGACUUUGUCGAUUGCCAUAAGGACGCCUUGACAGGUUAUUCGUAUAAAGAUAUAAACAAAUCUCGUCCUGGCAAGCGACAAAGUGGGACGUUUUGCCGGCCGCGGUCACAAAUAGAAGUUGUAAAUAAUGUAAGGCUUAAUAUAUAAUUGUUUACCAAAAGAGAUGCUGUUAUGUUGUAUAUAAGAGAUAAAAUUAUGGAUAGUAUAGGUUUAUACGUAAAUAAAGCGCUGAGAUGAUAGUAGAAUAGCUGGCAAUACACGAAAGUAAGAGCACUACAGUAAUUUGAAGUGUCCAGAGAUAGUCACCUUUUCACUUAUCAGUUAUCACAAUAUAUCUAUGUACACGUGGCUGUUGAACGUUGACGACUAUAGGUGCAUAUUUUUACCUAUAACAGAUAAGAUUUCUAUCGCGCUCCGCUUGAAAUGUGUAUAUUUUGUUUUUAUUUGUUUACAGUAUGUAAAUGAUGCAUACCUAUAUGACUCAAAAAUAUAUCAAUGAGUAGGUAAUGAGUAAUUCUUAGUUACACAGCGAAUUACAACGCACAUGGCGCAGGCUAGUACUAUGUCUUGGUUGUAUUAUUCUGAAUAUUUUUUAUUUAAAUAACUGGGCUUUAACGAUUUUACGAUUGUUUUGUCUACUGAGAAAACGUUUUAAAAUUGUGGAUUAUCUUUCUCAUAUGGAGUGUUUAUUUUUACUGAAUUAUGUAUGUGAUGAUUUCAAGAAGUGUACUCAAUGUCGGCCAUAAAUAAUAUUAAUAAUUUUUGUCUGAAAACGUCACAUUUAGUUUAAGUACGACUUUACUGUACUCGCAAUCACGUUGUAUAGGCGUGAUGGCGUUAAAGUAUUAAUUUAUUACUGCAAUAUUUUUAUUAUAUUUUGAACUUCGGACUUCUUCUCAUUUACUGAUAAACCGUGUUGUAAUGUUAACCUUUUGGGUCUGGGGUCAUGUUUUAUUUUGUUUUACUUUUUAACCAAUUACUGGUCUUGUAAUAAAGACUGUAAACAGGUAUAUUACCAAAACUGUUAACGUAAUAAGUAACUUGUCUUUCCAUUUUUAAAAGUCCUAUAUCUUUUAACUAGGUAUCAUUAGCUAAAAAUUAAUAACACGCAACAACUUUAAGCUGGUUAUACACUGAAUAAUAUAAUCUCGUAGCAAUACUUACGAUUAGUUUCAAGAACCAAAUAGUGCAUAAGUGGAAUGCCCUCUGAUGCCGCCAAUACUAGUUACCGAAAAGCUUACCCUACAUCUGGUUCUCUGCUGUCUGGUUUUGAUGUCUAAUUAAAAAACAUUAAACACAGAGUUCCAGUUCAUGUAGCUCACUAACCAGAGCCCGUCUAAGCUUACUCUGCACCGUACAGUGUCAUUAUAAACGCCAUUAUUCAUAGAAAUUGAUAAACGUCAAUUUCUAUGAAUGUUGACAUCCUUUCGUUCAUGUUCAUGUUCAUGUUGAGUUUCCGACUCUAGUAGGUAGUGAUAUACUCAUAUUAAACGUUUAAACUUUAUUUUCGUAUACAAAUACUUAUAUAUAUUUAUUAUUUAAUGAUGCGCUGUAAAAAGCCUUGUAGGUAAUCGAGUCCACAGGAUUUGUUGAGUUCCCUAAUACUCGUAAUUUAAGAUCGCGUGUUGGUGGCGUAUAUUGGAGGGCAGCACGCGAUUUUAGUACAGUUCUCAUGACGUUUGAUACAAAUCACUCUAAACAAGUAGAUACAGUAGGUAGGUACAGUCAGCAAAAAUAUUAGCUUAGCAGCUUGCUUAUUAAUGUGUAUACAGGGGUGCCAAGCUAAUAGCUUUGCUGACUGUAUAUUCAGGAGGGAAAGAAAGGUUACUGUAUUAGUACCCCAUUAUGUCUUAUAUUUUUUACUACAAAAACUUGUAAAUAUAGGUUGUUAUUGUAUGUAUAUAGUAACAGAUAAUAUACAUACCUACACAUAUGUUUUGUAUAUUAUUAAGGUAAAGUUAAAAUUAGAUGUAAAAAUAUUUAUUCCUUUAAUAAUUAAGUACAUAUAUAUCGGAUUUCACAGUGAUAUUAAUAUUAGGUUACAUUUAUAAUUAUCCUUGUAUAUUUCUUUGUACCGCGCUUGUUGCCCAAUAAAGUUUAAACUUUA